AGGGUAUAUAGAAGGGAAAAAAAAAUAGAAAGAAAUGAAGGUGCGAAAUUUGAGUAGGCAUUAGACAAUAUAUAAUAUUGUUUUUGUUUCAAAAAAGAUAAGAAAGAAAAUCAAAUACAAAGUGCUGCAAAUUUCAAAAAUUCCUCUCUUCUAUAUAGCAAAUAUUCACUUUCACCUCCAUGUCAAAGGAUCACCAUGAAAAUAUUCUUCAAGAAACUCUAAACAAACUUGAACAACAACCACAAGAAGAAGAAAAAGAAGAAGAAGGGCUUGAAAAGGAUGUUGAAGAAGGUGUGGCAUCGGGGAAAGAUGUUGAAGAAGAAGAAGAAGAGUGCAAAACACCAACUUCCAGUGAUCACAAGAUACCAACCAUUCAAAGCUGCCCACCGACACCCAAAAAGAAAGUGAGAGCGAAUUUCCACAAGAGAAAAUUAUCAGAGUUGCAGUUCUUUGAAACUACAAGAAGUGAGGAGGUAGAGUCGUUUUUUCGAUCAAAUUCUGAGCCAUUUACUGUUGAGUCUCGCAGUGUCAAGAGAAGAUGUAGGAGUGCCUGAUGAAAUUAAUCUCUCUCUUCAUCUCACUAUGUAAAUUUUCCUUGUCAUAAUUUUCUUCAAGUUGCUUACUAAUUACCCUUCAUUUUCUACAUUAAAUUUCCUUCGUCUUACCAUUCUCCAUGUAUGAUCGAUGUAUAUGACGAUCAAAGCAAGCUUGAAUUAUCUCAGGAAAAAAAGGGUUGCUGUCAAUUUGGAAUACUAUUUGUUAGAAAUAUGUUAGAAAAAAAAUAAUUAUAAUUCAAGGUGGCUUGUUUCUUUUUCAUAUGCAAAUUUUACUAUUUUGCAAGUUACUAAAAUUCUGAUCCUUUAUUCAUUUAUGGCUAAAU